AUGUCUUCCUGGCAAUCACUGUCUUUUUCAACGGCUGUAGUCGUCGCCAGCGUUCUCACGGCUCUCUGCUCCAGAGCUCCAAAUGAGGCAACAGAUAAAUGGGGAACAGACCGUCUCGGCAUUUGGGCAACGCCCAAAGCAUCAUUCGUGCGACGCGUUAUUACCGUGGCCAUUGGCAUAUCCCACGCCAUUAUAGCGUCCUCGUUUCCAACGACCAACUGCAUUUGCCGCAACCCCGAAAAUAUCAAUCGCCAUCUCUUUACGUGGAACAGAUACUCGGCCACCUGCUUGUUUCUCAUUAUUGGUAUCGGUGCGCCGCUUCGCCUUCUAGCGUUUGCCCAGCUUGGGAGGAAUUUCACGUUUCAGCUCGCUAAGCCAAGCGGGCUUACCACGACGGGAGUGUAUCGAUAUAUUCAGCAUCCAGGCUACACGGGGCAAGUGCUUGUUUUGUUGGCGAACCUGGCUUACUUGUUCCGCUGGGAUGGGGUUGCCGGGUGUUGGAUUUCCCAAAGCUUGCGGGCCCGGUUGGACGGAUGGGGCUUGGCUUGCUAUGGUGUCGCGGCCUUGGUUAUAAUGAGGAAAGUUUCGGUAAGGGUACAAGACGAGGAGGAAAUGUUGAAGAAGACCUUUGGACAGAAGUGGGUUCGAUGGCAUUCUGCGACUAAACGAUUUGUUCCUGGUUUAAUCUAG